UUGCGCGGCAGCACUGUUGUGUGGUGAGUUGGAAUUUGUCAACAAAUAUUUGCGUGUGUGCUUUUCUCGCGGUCUUUCGCGAUUCUCAGCAGCGGAUUUGGGAAAGUGAACCGGUGAGAAGAUGUCUCACUAUCCGGAGGAUCAGUACUGGGGCAACACCAACACGCAGUACAACACAUACGACGUGAACACGGGAUUCACUGAUCAGUCGCAACAAUUAGAUUUCCAGUCAUUUGACAAUUCCGCCUACAGCCAGGCAUCUUAUCCAGCCCCAUAUGGCCAGCAACAGCCCAACAUCUUCACACCAGAGCCACUGGACGCUCUCGGCUUCGGUGGUCAGGGUUCCACGUCAACCAAUGAAUUUGACGAGCCCCCACUGCUUGAGGAGUUGGAAAUCUUCCCGGAGCGGAUCUGGGAGAAGUCUCUGGUUGUGCUGAAUCCCUUCCAUGCCGGCGGACUCACCACCAGUGCCGAGUACUUCUUCAAGGAGACUGAUUUGGCGGGUCCCAUCACGUUCUGCCUCACGCUGGCCGCCUGUCUCUUCGUGUCCGGCAAGGGGGCGCACUUUGGCUACAUCUACGGCCUCUGCAUAAUGUCUGUGCUGGUGAUGUACGCCCUCAUCUCGCUCAUGUGCAAUGCAACGGAGAACUUCGUGUCGCUGACGGGUGUGGCCAGUAUUCUGGGCUACAGCAUCCUUCCGAUCGUGUGGCUGUCCAUCCUGGGCAUUGUCAUGUCCCUCAACAGCAUGUUCGGCAUGAUUCUGGCCAUUUGCGCCAUCAUCCUGGCCACCGUGGGCGCCAGCAAAAUCUUCUGCCUCAUGACCGGCGACGUGAAUCAACGAUAUCUAAUAGCAUAUCCCUGCGCUCUGGUCUAUGUCAUCUUCUCCCUGCUCGUGCUCUUCUAAAGACGCCCCAGAGUGCAUGUUAAAUUAAAUAUUUCUACUCCUUGACCCA